AUGCUCUCCCUAAUAAAGUCCGUCUUUUCCAACGCGCAAGACGAAAAUGCGCUGAGCUUGUUAAUAAUCGGCGAGUGCGAAUCAGGCAAAACGAGUCUAUUCAAUCUGAUAGGUAGUUUUCACAAUAAAAGCAAAUAUGACAUGUUAAAUACGGUUAUAAACACGGGGAAUAAAAAUGGCACUUGUGCCCUCGGAUUUAACACGAAGAAAAUUACCUUCAAUAAAAAGCCUUUAAAAAUAUAUGACUUGGAAGGCACGGCGACAAACACUAAAAAUAUUUACGAUUGUUAUUAUGAUGACGCAGACGUUAUAUUUUACGUGAUUGAUGCUAAGGAUGAGAAACACAUUUUUAAGGCCAUCCUUUAUUUGUCUUGUUUAAGUACCUGUGGGAGACUUCCUGAUGACAGCACCACCUGUAAACAGGGAAGGAAAUUUUUAAAACCUAUUUUCAUUCUAGGAAAUAAAUCCGAAGACACGUCAGCCUUUUUUUCUGCCCCUUGUAUAUCCAAUUAUAUAAAUUCAAUAGAUGUGUACAAAAAUGAAAGGUUCUGGCAGUUCCUUCUGUCGAGUGAUAACACCUUUUUGGAGCAUUAUUUGGGAUUGCUCCAUGAAAGGGUUCGGGAUGGAGCCUUCGCUGAUGACCUUGCGGGGGAGCAAACCGACCAGAAGAAAGCUAAACGGGAGGAAAAUAUUCAAAAAGGGCGCCUUCCUGAAGAAGCACAAAAAAAAACGCACAGUGAUAUCGUGGAGGACAUCAAGAGAGGGCGAAAGGGGGCUAUAACUGUAGACGAUAUCGAAAGUGACCAACUGCUAGAAAGGUUACUCAAAAAGAUUGUUAGCGAUAGUGUUAAUAAUUGCAAACGUAUGCCCAUACAGGUAUAUAAUAUUAGCGUACUAAGAAAUAAAGGAGUGUAUGAAGUGGUUGAAAAAAUUUUUGACGAAUAUAUUUUAAGCGGCAUACAUAGAGAUGAGGAUAAGGCAUGUAGGAACACCCCCCCCGGGAAGACAGUAACAAGGAGGAAAUACACAAACGAGCAUUUGUCUCUUAAUGGAAGAGAUGGAUCUGAUUGUCUUAUUCAAGAUGGCACAGGGAGCACACGCGCACGUAUGCUGCACGUGAUUGGAGAAGGGGGUGGUCAUAUGGAAAAGCCAAUUGGUCCCCCCAGAGAUUGCAAAAUGAACAACGUAGAAAUGACGGAACAGUUGCACACCGUGCCAAACAGUGCUUAUGUGAUGUACGAACGGAAUAGCACUUCUGUGAAUUUAUUUAUGGAGCAUAUACAGCACCUAUAUUUUGGGAAGAGCACGUUCGAUAAUGUGCCAAAGAAUCUUUUAUUCCUCCGUCAGAGGAGCGCAAAAUGUAAAAGAGCAUAUAAAAUUAAGAAGACAGACCAUCUGGGAGAAAACGGAACUGCGCAGGGACUGCAAAAGGGGGAAGCGGGGGACCAGAUUAUAAAAACCUACGAUGAUGAAGAAACGUAUAAUGCUAAAGAAACAUAUGAGGAUGAAGAAACGUAUGAGGCGAAGGAUACCCUCCGCCCCGACAAGACCCUCUCGCUGGAUAACCCCCCACCAGUGGACAAGGCAAUCCCAGAGGAUAAAUCAGGCCAGGGGGACAGGGAAGACACGAAAGGUGAUGUCACAGUGAUGGGUGUAAAUGCCAAUUCGGGAGGAGGGGGAGAUAACGCGGAAUUUAAAAGGGAAGAGUUGGACUGCGAAAUGGGUGAAGUGUCGAAGGGAACAAAAAUUGAACAAAAGGGGGAAGUCAGUCAAGUGGGUCAUGCCUCAGACACCUGGUCAACACGCAGGGAAGGCGUAGGGGAAGAGACGAUCAAAAAAGAGAAACACCCAAAUGAUGGUGAAUUCAUAGAAGACCAAGCAAAAAGUGAAGGUAAAAAAACAAGAGAUCUUUUCCAAGCGGGUAACGAACAAAGUAAUCAGAAUUGUGCAAACCUCGCCCACCAUACGGACUAUUCGUCAAACGAGGGGACGCCAAAACGUGGCACCCCCCUUUGUGAUGGGAAUCAUAUAAAUGGCCACAUGGACAAGGGUAAGAAUGCCAUACGCAAGGGAAAGAUUAACAAGAACAGAUACUACAUUGUGGAAAAAAAGAAAAAGAAGAAAUUUCUGCACAGCGCUAAAAAAAUAAAUGAAGUAGAGGAAAAUUCAAGCAAUUCCCGCGAAGGUGUUAACCUGAUGAAUGUUAUGCGGAUAGAUUCGCUUAACAAAAUUUAG